UUAUGAAUUCGUCUGAUGAAUUAAUUCAAAAAUUUCUUAUUGAGGGGCAUAUUAAAUUUUACGAAUAUACUCGCUUCAAAGAUAUUGAGUUGAUUGGAGAAGGUGGACAUGGAAAAGUGUAUCGAGCUACUCUCAAGAAUAACGAAAUAACUGUCGCAUUAAAAUCAUUUAAAUGUAAUAAUGUGACCAUUAAAGAAAUUGUUAAUGAG